AUGGUGAAGGAGGUCACGUCGCAGGCAGAAGACCCAGUUCUUCUUCAGCAGGACAAUAAGGACACACCUCCCCUCCCUCCCGCUGCGGGCCUGGCAGGUGAGACGGAGACUGAAAGACGUUUUGUUUUGGGUGAGGCCUAUAAAUGGAUCAAAGCCUCCUCACCCCUGCUCAUCUUCCCACAAAUCCUCGUUCAGACGAUGCUGCACGACUCCGACAGAGCGAUGUUGUGGAGGCUGUUGGGACUCCUCAUCCUGUCCUCCCUUUGCUCCGCCAUGCUGCUACCAAACAGCCCCUCAGUGGAGUCCAGCGAAGAGGAAGGCUCCACCUCGGACCCCAACACCUACCACUGGCCAGCUUCAGAUGAGUCUUCGGAGGAAACGCCCCCCUGGCCACCCGUCCCCCGCAGUGCCCCCCUGCAGAUGCCCCCCACAGGUCUACCGUGGCCACCCAGCAGCAACAUGAGCGAAGGCUCCGGCAAGCUCCGGAUGAUGGGGGCCACAGACCCGGUGAUACCCCCCAUGCCUGAUACGGCAAUCUGCGACAUACUGCUGAAUGCGCCAGUACCGCCACCCCCUGACCAGAUUCCAUUUUUCUGCCUCUGCUCACACUGUAAGGGCACCGUGGGGCCCAAAGGAGACCGUGGAGACCGGGGCCCUUCAGGUGAACCUGGGAGUCCUGGGAGAAGAGGAAUGACAGGGUUCAAAGGUCGUCCAGGAUUCACAGGCCCUAUGGGGAUGAAGGGUCAGAAGGGAGAUGACGGGGAGAAGGGGCAGCUUGGUGCCACUGGUUUCACUGGGAUGAAGGGCGAACGAGGCUUCAAAGGAGAGAAAGGAGACCGAGGAAUGAUAGGGCCCCAAGGUCCACAUGGUCCCCAGGGAGAAACCGGGACAUGCCCUGCUUCCUGUGAGAGUGUCCAGGGCCCGCCGGGUCAACAAGGCCUCCCUGGACCAGCUGGAGCUCGAGGCCUGCCUGGAGUCUUUGGAUCUGUGGGACCUAAAGGUUUUAAAGGUGAUAAGGGUGACCUGGGCAUGGCCGGUACCCCUGGGAUGAAUGGCCAGAAGGGUGAUCGAGGCGAGCAGGGGUUGUGUAACUGCAGAGAUGGGGAGGAUGGCACAGAUGGGAGACCAGGAGAAAGGGGGCCUAAAGGGGACAAAGGUGACAUUGGUGCCCAGGGUAUACAAGGCCCAAUAGGCCUAAAGGGCAACCAGGGCAUCAUCGGCCUAAUGGGGCCGCCCGGGCCCUGCUCCUCGGCCAUCCAAUCAGCAUUUUCUGUGUCUCUCAACGAGUCAUUUCCUGCUCCAGAUUGGCCUGUUCCUUUCCCAAACAUUCUUACCAACCAGCAGGGGCAUUUCAACCCCUCCAUGGGCAUCUACACUGCCCCCGUCAAUGGCACCUACAUCUUCUCCCUCCACCUUGCAGUCUCCAACAGGAUGCUUAAGGUCGGCCUGUUCCACAACUUCUACCCCGUCAUCAAAACAACAGAAGGAACCAACCAGGUCACCACCAGCCAGACUGUUGUACUCCACCUCAGCAUGGGAGACCAGGUGUGGCUGCAGGUGAAAGACUCCAUGACCAACGGCAUGUUCACCGACAAUGAGAGCAGCAGCACGUUUUCAGGAUAUCUGCUACAUCCUGACUCCUGUGAAUUCCCUGUGGGUCGACAAUUCCUGCCGCCGAUGGACUAUGAGAAAGGAGACUUCAGCUGGGAUGGUCCACCACCUGCAACCACCACUCAAUCACCACAUUAG